GCGUCAUCAGUACGCGACAGAAAUGGGUGAAAGGUUCCUGUCCGGGCUGGUGUGUGAUGCUUCCUCGGAGCUGGAUCUGUAGAGUCUCUGAAGAAACAUGAGUGCAAACAUCGUUCUGUCCAAAUCUCUUCAUAUCGGCAGGCGGCUGCUCGCCGGUAACGUGAGGCAUGCCGGGAAGGCGGUGCUGCGUGUGGAGCAGCAGAGGUUGAUCCGGACUCACAGCAGGAAACUGUCUUAUGCUAAAGAUCUGUUCCUGGGUCAGGUCAACAAGGCCGAGGUCUUCCCUUACCCCGAGAUUGGAAAUGAAGAACUGGAGGAGAUCAACCAGCUCGUUGCACCGGUGGAGAGGUUCUUCAGCGAGCAAGUCGACUCAGCUAAGAUCGACCAAGAAGCUAAAAUCCCUCAGGAGACGUUGGACGGGCUGAAGGAGCUUGGACUGUUUGGAAUCAUGAUUCCUGAGGAGUACGGGGGUCUCGGACUGUCCAACACCAUGUACGCCCGACUGGCAGAGAUCACCUCAUUAGACGGCUCCAUUGCUGUAACACUGGCUGCACAUCAAGCCAUCGGCCUGAAGGGGAUCCUGAUCGCAGGGAGCGAAGCCCAGAAGCAGAAGUAUUUACCCACACUGGCCACUGGAGAACAGAUCGCAGCUUUCUGUCUGACAGAGCCUGGGAGUGGAAGUGAUGCAGCCUCCAUUCAGACCCGAGCCACCCUGUCAGAAGACGGGAAACAUUACCUGAUCAGCGGCUCUAAAAUCUGGAUUUCAAACGGAGGGAUGGCAGAUAUCAUGACGGUGUUUGCCAGGACGGAGGUGACAGUAGACGGCGUGAAGAAAGAUAAGAUUUCUGCAUUUAUCGUGGAGAGAGCUUUUGGGGGGAUCACCAGCGGCAAGCCUGAGGACAAACUGGGCAUCAGAGGCUCCAACACGUGUGAAGUGUCCUAUGACAACGUCCCAGUGCCAGUAGAGAAUGUAAUAGGAGAAAUAGGAGGUGGAUUCAAGAUUGCCAUGAACAUCCUGAACUCAGGGAGGUUCAGUAUGGGAAGUUCUUCAGCUGGGAUGAUUAAAAAGCUCAUAGAACUGAGCUCUGAGUACGCGGCAACCAGGAAGCAGUUUAACAAAAGCCUGAGUGAGUUCGGUAUGAUUCAGGAGAAGUUUGCUAUGAUGGCUCUCAGUGCCUUUGUGAUGGAGAGCAUGGCGUACCUGACAGCAGGGAUGAUGGACAGGCCAGGGCUUCCAGACUGUUCUAUAGAGGCAGCCAUGGUCAAGGUGUUCAGCUCAGAGGGAGGCUGGAUUUGUGUCAGCGAAGCUCUUCAGGUCCUCGGAGGUCUGGGUUACACGAAGAAUUACCCCUAUGAGCGCUACGUCAGGGACUGUCGCAUCCUGCCUAUCUUUGAGGGCACCAAUGAAAUCCUGAGGAUGUACAUCGCUCUCACUGGGAUGCAGUAUGCUGGCAAAGUUGUGACUGGGAAAAUCAAGGAGAUGAAGAAAGGGAACAUCGGUCUGGCUUUGGGGAUGGUAGGCAAGAAACUGAGGAGCUCGUUUGGAGGCUCAGUGGACCUUGGCCUGACGGGCAAAGACGGCGUGGUGCAUCCCAGCAUGGCAGAAAGUGCCAAGAAGCUGGAGCAGAAUGUCAACCUCUUUGGAUCGACAGUGGAGAGCCUGCUUUACAGAUACGGAAAGACCAUAGUGGACGAACAGCUCAUCCUGAAGAGAGUAGCAGAUGUUCUGAUCAACCUCUACGCCAUGACAGCUGUCCUGUCCAGAGCCAGCCGCUCCGUCAGCAUCGGCCUCAGGAAUCAUGAUCACGAGGUGUUGCUCACAAACACUUUCUGCAGCGACGCUUUCUUCAAGAACAAUUACAUGAUGACUCAGUUGCAAAAGCACUCUCCCGAGAACAACGAUGCCAACAUCAAGAAGAUCGCCAGGGACGUGUUGGAGAACAGAGCGUACAUCUGCUCUCAUCCUCUUGAGAGAACAUAUUGAGCUCUCCCAUGUGGCCACGACACUUGAUUGGACAAUAAGGGAGGGUCAAGUCACAGACAGUGAUUUGCAUUUACUCCUGCAUUAAUCCUUAUUUUAUUUUCUUAGACUUCUGACAUUAAAUUAAGAGAUGUAUGUUAAUAUUUACCUUUUCUUAUUAACCAUGACUUCAAAUACAAAACUUCACAUCUGU